CAUGUGUAUAAAGAUUCCGGUCUAUUAAAAGGAAGUCCCUUUCCAUUAUUCUGCGCCAGAGAGCAGAAGGGACAACUUGGUGGUUGCAUUUUAUUCAAGAACAGUCAACAAAAUAAACAAGAUGCCUGAAGAAAUGCACCAAGAGGAGGAGGUUGAGACCUUUGCCUUCCAGGCAGAGAUAGCUCAGCUGAUGUCCCUGAUCAUCAACACCUUUUAUUCCAACAAAGAGAUCUUCCUGAGGGAGCUUAUCUCUAAUGGCUCUGAUGCUCUAGACAAAAUUCGCUAUGAAAGCCUGACAGAACCCUCCAAGCUGGACAGUGGCAAGGAUUUGAAAAUCGACAUCAUCCCCAACAAAGCUGACCGCACCCUGACCCUCAUCGACACUGGAAUCGGCAUGACCAAAGCUGACCUGAUUAACAACCUGGGUACCAUUGCCAAGUCUGGCACCAAGGCCUUCAUGGAGGCCCUGCAGGCUGGAGCUGACAUCUCCAUGAUUGGUCAGUUUGGUGUGGGUUUCUACUCUGCCUACCUUGUUGCUGAGAGGGUCGUUGUCAUCACCAAACACAAUGAUGAUGAGCAGUACGCCUGGGAGUCCUCUGCUGGAGGUUCCUUCACAGUUAAGGUCGAUAACGGCGAGCCCAUUGGCCGGGGAACUAAGAUAAUCCUGUACUUGAAGGAGGACCAGACGGAGUACACUGAGGAGAGGCGGAUCAAGGAGAUUGUGAAGAAGCACUCCCAGUUCAUUGGCUACCCUAUCACCCUGUUUGUGGAGAAGGAGCGUGACAAGGAGAUCAGUGAUGAUGAGGCAGAGGAGGAAAAGGCAGAGAAGGUGGAGGAGGGUGAGGACAAGCCAAAGAUUGAGGAUGUGGGCUCAGAUGAUGAGGAGGACUCCAAAGACAAGGACAAAAAGAAGAAAAAGAAGAUCAAGGAGAAGUAUAUUGACCAGGAGGAACUGAACAAGACCAAGCCCAUCUGGACCAGAAACCCUGACGACAUCACAAAUGAGGAAUAUGGCGAGUUCUACAAGAGUCUGACCAAUGACUGGGAGGAUCACUUGGCUGUCAAGCACUUCUCAGUUGAGGGCCAGCUUGAGUUCCGGGCCUUGCUCUUUAUCCCCCGCCGGGCACCUUUUGACCUCUUUGAGAACAAGAAAAAGAAGAACAACAUCAAGCUGUACGUCAGGAGAGUCUUCAUCAUGGACAACUGUGAAGAGCUCAUCCCUGAGUACCUGAACUUCAUCCGUGGUGUGGUGGACUCCGAGGACCUUCCCCUCAACAUUUCCAGAGAAAUGUUGCAGCAGAGCAAGAUCCUCAAGGUCAUUCGCAAGAACAUGGUCAAGAAGUGUUUGGAGCUGUUUGCUGAACUGGCUGAGGACAAGGAGAACUACAAGAAGUUCUAUGAAGCCUUCUCCAAGAACAUCAAGCUGGGCAUCCAUGAGGACUCUCAAAACCGCAAGAAGCUGUCUGAGCUGCUGCGCUACCACAGCUCCCAGUCUGGAGAUGAGACGACCUCCCUCACAGACUAUGCGUCUCGUAUGAAGGAGAACCAGAAGUCUAUCUACUACAUUACUGGUGAAAGCAAGGAUCAGGUGGCCAACUCUGCCUUUGUCGAGCGUGUCCGCAAGCAUGGCUUCGAGGUCCUAUACAUGACUGAGCCCAUUGACGAGUACUGUGUCCAGCAGUUGAAGGAGUUUGAUGGCAAGACCCUGGUUUCUGUCACCAAAGAGGGACUGGAGCUGCCAGAAGAUGAGGAGGAGAAGAAAAAGAUGGAGGAGGACAAGUCCAAGUUUGAGAGCCUCUGCAAGCUCAUGAAGGAGAUACUUGACAAGAAAGUGGAGAAGGUGACUGUAUCCAACAGGCUGGUGUCUUCACCCUGCUGCAUUGUGACAAGUACUUACGGUUGGACGGCCAACAUGGAGAGGAUCAUGAAGGCCCAGGCACUCAGGGACAACUCCACCAUGGGCUACAUGAUGGCCAAGAAGCACUUGGAGAUCAACCCUGACCACCCCAUUGUGGAGACUCUCAGGCAGAAGGCUGAAGCUGACAGAAACGACAAGGCUGUGAAAGACCUUGUCAUCCUGCUCUUUGAAACCGCUCUGCUUUCCUCAGGCUUUACCCUGGACGACCCACAGACCCACUCCAACCGCAUCUACAGAAUGAUCAAACUUGGACUGGGCAUCGAUGACGAUCUUCCCACAGAGGAGGCCACCUCCACAGCUGUCCCAGAAGAGAUUCCUCCCCUAGAAGGCGAUGGUGAUGAUGAUGAUGCUUCACGCAUGGAAGAGGUGGAUUAAAACUCCCUGCCUCCCAAGUCUCUUAACAGUUUAGCCUCAUCUGUAAAUUCUUCAUCCUAAAACUGCAGUAAAGGUAAAAGUCAAAUUGUGUUGUGUGGUGGACCAGUGUUGCUCUUGGGUCUAGAGCAUUACUCUGUAAAACCUCCAUAAGAAAAGCAGUUUUGGUUUUGCUAUACAACUUCAUGGUGCCCACACAUUUGUUUUACAAAGUCCCCUGUUGCACUCAGUUUUAAAUGUCAGAGCAGUAAAUAUGGGAAUGGUACAUUCCAUGAUGAGGUAAGGGGAGGUUCUGUUCAUGUGCAACACUGCAUGGAGAGAAAGGACUGUGAUUCCUUUGCCUGAGUUCAGGCUCGUCUGUAUUCAAAGUCUUGUUUUGCAAAAAAAAUAAAGAUGUAUUACCUCA